AUGGGGUUCGUGGGCCUGAACUGGGUUGUUCCUUUCCAGCAGUGCCCGUGGCUGGAACGGGUACCGCAACAGCCUCAGCCGCUGCUGUGCAACUGGUGCACAGGGAGGAGUGGGGAAGCCAUAACAUAUACAAUUAAAACUUCCAAUGUAAUAGAAGUGGCUACACAUACACAAAGGGGAAGCAGCUUGGUCGGGGGGUCCCGGAGAGCUGAACCUGGAACAAAACUGUGGAUAGAUUCUUAUCAACUAGACAGUCUACGACCUCUGCAGCGCACAAAGAGGACCUGGGUCAUCACCACCAUUGAUGUUCAAGAGGAGGACAAAGGACCAUUCCCAAAAUAUGCUGGACAGCUGUUCAAUAACAAAUCAUUUAACACAUCAGUAAGAUAUUUAAUCAGUGGACCCGGGGUAGAUGAAUCUCCAGAGAUUGGGUUGUUUUCUAUAGAAGAUGAUGAAAACGGACAUGUGUAUGUGCAUCGUCCCAUCGACAGAGAAAAGACCUCAAUUUUUCAGAUACGUUUCGAUAUUGUGUACAGAAAAACUGGUGAACCAUUGGACCGUCCUUUAUUUUUCAAGAUAAAGGUUAAAGAUAUUAAUGACAACGCACCUGAGUUUCCCCAGGAGGAAUAUAGUGUUACAAUAAGAGAGAACCACAGUAAAGAUGAGCCAGUUUUCCAAGUUACUGCCUUGGAUAAAGAUGAAGACGGCACUGUGAAUUCUCAGGUGUCCUAUUCUCUAAAUAUGCAAAUGCCCCCUCUAGACGGAUUCAUGUUUAAUAUUGAUCCUAUCACAGGAUCAAUACUUCUGUCGGGAUGCCUGGAUUAUAAGACUGCCACCUCCUUCAAACUUCUGAUUAAAGCCAGUGACCACGGGACUCCCCAGCUGUCAUCUACUGCCACAGUGAAUGUGGUCAUUGAAGACAGAAACAACCACCUCCCUGUAUUUACUAGCGAUAACUACCAGCUGCAGGUUUCAGCAGGUCAGGAACACCCAGCUGUAUUACGGCUCCAAGUGCAAGAUGAAGACUCUCCCAACACUCCAGCUUGGAGAGCAAAAUACGGAAUAACGACAGGCAAUGAGAAGGAACAGUUCACCAUUGAGACGGAUCCAGACACAAAUGAAGGCAUUUUGAGUGUUAUCAAGCCUCUCAACUAUGAAGAUGACUCUGAGCUGAGACUUGUCAUUUCUGUAGCAAAUGAAGAACCUUUCUUCUUGUGUAAAAACGGCAUUGUGAUGAUCUCAAGCCUAGAAUCCACCAAUGCAACGAUCAACAUCAAGGUCUUACAACAUGCUCCUAGGUUUCAGCCUCCUAUACUUAUUGUCCAAAAAGAAGACUCAAUGAAGCCUGGGAGAGUAUUUAGAAGGUAUCUGGCCACAUAUCCAGAUGAUGUGCCUAAUGAGAUAAAAUAUGAACUAGCCCAUGACCCAGCUGGUUGGCUGAGCGUGGAUGAGAAUUCUGGAGUUCUCACUGUGGCAAAAGAAUUUGAUCAAGAAUCUCCUUAUGUGAACAACAGUGUGUACACCAUCAUCGUUGAGGCUACUCAUCAUGGUAUUCCACCACAGACUGCUACUGGCACCAUCCUGCUUUACUUGUCGGACAUUAAUGAUCGUAUGCCAACAUUAGUGGCUCCUUCUUUAGAUGUGUGUGACAAAAAAGAAGGGACACCUCUCAUGAUAAAAGCUGAGUCUGCUACAGUCCAUUCACAUUCUGGGCCAUUUACAUUUGAGCUGGCUGAGGACUCUGAAGAUGUGAAGCAUAACUGGAAAUUAGGAAGGAACUUUGGGGAGUCAGUUGAACUUCUAAUGUUAAGAAGCCUCCCACAAGGUAGCUACUUGGUCCCCAUCAUUAUUCAGGAUGGGCAAGGAUUUUCUACAAGGCAGAAUCAGCACGUUAGGCUCUGCUUUUGCCCAGAUGGACAUACGUGUAAAGAUUCACCACUUCCACAAGCAGCAGUGGGACUUGGAGUUGGUGCCAUUGUGAUAAUACUGAUGGCUUUCUUAUUGCUACUGGUUUCCAGUAUUCUACUUCGCCAGUUUUACGUGCCAGGAUCUAAAAGCAAAGCCAUUGUCACACCCGGAGAGGGUGAACAGACUUUAAUCAACUACAAUGAAGAGAGCAGAAUGAAUUUGUCUCAAGCCAAGCUGCACGUCACAGAUCACACUGCUCUGCCACCAGUGUCUCUGGAGACUGGAGGAGAAGUGAUUGCUGAGGGCGGCCUGUACGCUAGUUACCAGACUUUCCAAGACAGACACCUUGAUUCCAUCAUGCAGACAGUGGACAAAAUACUGGGUCGGAAACUGUAUCAUGAAAACACAGUGGAAGAUUAUGGGGCCCUCUAUGAACCUCACAGAUACGCUGAGGAAGGAGAACUAGAGCGAAGUAGCUCCUUCUGCUCUGUCUCCGUCGGCAGCGAGGAUUUGCCUGCUGAUUUUUUGAACACUCUUGGACCAAAGUUCUCUGCUCUGGAAGAAAUCUGUGAGAAGCGAUUGCAGUCAUUCCAUUAA